GAAUCGAGCUCGCAUCACAAGACAGCUGUUUCGGCGAGAUCGAAGAUUGUUAGCUGUCAUCUGCACUCCCUUGCUAAAUUUGUUGAAUACAAAGGCUAACAGCGGUCGAAAUGGCAGGAGCAAUGGAUAGGGCGGCCAAGUUGGCCAAAAUACAAGAUGCGGAUUCAGAAGCUGCUCUGGGAUCAGUCUGGGGUGUCUCUGGACCUGUCGUAAUUGCCAAGAACAUGAGUGGAUCUGCUAUGUACGAAUUGGUGCGUGUAGGUCAUCAGGAGUUGGUGGGUGAGAUUAUUAGGCUGGAGGGAGACACAGCCACCAUUCAGGUUUAUGAAGACACCUCAGGUGUGACUGUAGGUGAUCCUGUGCUGAAGACUGGAAAGCCCCUCUCUGUAGAGCUGGGUCCAGGCAUCAUGGGCAAUAUCUAUGACGGAAUUCAACGACCUCUGCAGGAGAUUGGUGAUCUCACAGAGUCCAUUUACAUCCCCAAGGGUGUUUCCACUCCUGCUCUGUCUCGCAGCAAGAGCUGGGAGUUCCACCCUGAGCCAGCAGUGAAGGUGGGAUCACAUAUCACUGGUGGAGAUCUCUUUGGUAUUGUGCCUGAGAAUUCCAUCAUCAACCACAGGAUCAUGUUGCCCCCGAAGGCCCGUGGUACUGUGACAUACAUGGCUCCUGCUGGUAACUACGGUGUGGAUGAGACUGUCCUGGAGGUUGAGUUUGAUGGACAGAAGCACAAGUAUUCCAUGAUGCAGGUGUGGCCAGUAAGACAGCCACGUCCAGUGAGUGAGAAGCUCCAUGCAAAUCAUCCUCUUCUUACUGGUCAGAGAGUCUUGGAUGCUUUGUUCCCUUGUGUACAGGGAGGAACCACUGCUAUUCCUGGUGCUUUUGGUUGUGGCAAGACCUGUAUCUCACAGGCCCUUUCCAAGUAUUCCAACUCAAAUGUCAUUAUUUAUGUUGGUUGUGGAGAGCGUGGUAAUGAGAUGGCUGAGGUACUGAGAGAUUUCCCUGAACUGGAGCUGGAAGUGAAUGGCAGGAAGGAGUCCAUCAUGAAGCGUACUUCACUGGUAGCCAACACCUCCAACAUGCCUGUGGCUGCUCGAGAAGCUUCCAUCUACACUGGAAUCACACUGUCUGAGUACUUCCGUGACAUGGGUCUCCAUGUAUCUAUGAUGGCUGACUCUACCUCCCGUUGGGCUGAGGCUCUUCGAGAAAUCUCAGGUCGAUUGGCUGAGAUGCCUGCUGAUUCAGGCUACCCUGCCUACCUGGGUGCUCGUCUAGCUUCCUUCUAUGAACGAGCAGGCCGAACUAAGUGCCUGGGUAACCCAGAGAGAGAGGGUUCAGUUACCAUUGUUGGUGCAGUCUCACCUCCUGGUGGUGACUUCUCAGAUCCUGUCACAUCUGCUACUCUUGGUAUUGUACAGGUGUUCUGGGGUUUGGACAAGAAAUUGGCACAGCGCAAACAUUUCCCCUCAGUCAACUGGCUCCAGUCCUACUCAAAGUACAUGCGUGCACUAGAAGAGCAUUAUGAUUCCAACUACCCUGAGUUCAUUACAUACAGGACCAAAGUGAAGGAAAUUCUUCAGGAGGAGGAUGACUUGGCUGAAAUUGUGCAGCUUGUCGGCAAAGCUUCACUCUCUGAUACUGACAAGAUUACCCUGGAGGUGGCCCGUAUCAUCAAGGAUGAUUUCUUGCAGCAGAACUCAUACACUCCUUAUGAUCGCUUCUGUCCAUUCUACAAGACUGUGGGAAUGAUGAGGAACAUCAUCGCAUUCUAUGAUAUGUCUCGACAGAUUGUUAACCGUACAGCCCAGAGUGACAAUAAGGUGACGUGGCAGAUCAUCCGAGAUUCUAUGGGCAACAUCUUGUAUGAGCUUUCAUCCAUGAAGUUCAAAGACACCUUUAAAGAAGGAGAGGCAAAGGUCAAGAAGGACUUCGAUGAAAUCUAUGAGAACAUUCAGCAAGCUUUCAGGAACCUUGAAGAUUAAGGAAAGUCAUUCUUCUGCGGCAUGGUACUCUCGAACAUCAUGAAGAAUCAUCUCCAUCUCUUAACUGUUUACAUGUUGUAUAGCUCAAAUCCUUUUGUUUUAGAUAUGUCAGUAAAUCAAAGAUAAUACUGAACAGAAAACAAUAACUAUGUUAGAAAUUAGGUGCAUACAAAAGGUAACAGGAGACAGCAGAGACAUAGGUGAAUUGAUUAAACUUGUGAAUAAUGCUGCCUCAGUAUUUUAUGUCGAGGCUUUCAGGUGUUGUGCUAGCCCAUUUUGUAAGUGUUAAAUGGGACUUUAUGUAAAUUUCACCUAGUUGUAGUAUUUAAAAGAACCUUGAAGGUUAACUUUUUGUACAGUUGAAAGGAGAGAUUGUUAUUAAGAUAAGUUUUUUGUGUAUAUGCUAAGCUCUCUUUUUCAAGUUUUACUUUGAAAAUGAGUCUGUUAUGACUUUUGUUGGGACUGGAUGUUUUAUUGUUUGUAAAAUAGAUGUUGUGUAGUAGUUAUUAGUGCCUGAUAAGAUACUCGGCAGUGGAGUGUAGAAUCGAGGCACAAAUAAUUUAUGAAAGUUCUGACAUUCGCGAAGACAUUCCAGAGUGUAGGUAGAAAAUUGUGUAUAUUAAAGAUUCCCAAGUAUAUUGUGAAUAAAGGAAGAGGGAGGGAAGAUAA